GUGAGGUAGCCGGGACCCCGCCGCGAUUGGCCGGCUGCGGCGCCCGCUCCCACAAUGCAGCGCAUGGCGCGUCAUUGAAGAGAGACCAUGAUGGCGGCGGCGCUGGGGCCCCCAGAAGUGAUCGCUCAGCUGGAGAACGCGGCCAAAGUUCUGAUGGCACCACCUUCUAUGGUCAAUAAUGAACAACGCCAGCAUGCAGAACAUAUAUUCUUGUCAUUUAGGAAAUCAAAAUCACCUUUUGCAGUUUGCAAGCAUAUUCUAGAAACUAGUAAAGUGGACUAUGUCCUUUUUCAAGCUGCCACAGCAAUAAUGGAAGCAGUUGUUCGAGAAUGGAUUCUUUUAGAAAAAAGUAGCAUUGAGUCCCUGCGAACAUUCCUUUUAACCUAUGUCUUACAAAGGCCUAACCUUCAGAAGUAUGUUCGGGAGCAGAUUCUGUUAGCAGUAGCAGUAAUAGUAAAACGAGGAUCAUUAGAUAAAUCAAUCGACUGCAAAAGCAUUUUCCAUGAAGUCAGCCAGUUGAUAAGCAGUGGUAAUCCUACAGUGCAAACUCUGGCCUGUUCCAUUCUAACGGCUUUGUUGAGUGAAUUCUCAAGUUCAAGUAAAACAAGCAACAUUGGACUAAGCAUGGAGUUUCAUGGUAACUGCAAAAGAAUUUUUCAGGAAGAAGACCUUCGACAGAUCUUCAUGUUAACUGUUGAAGUGCUGCAGGAAUUUAGCCGACGGGAAAAUCUAAAUGCUCAAAUGUCUUCAGUGUUUCAGCGUUAUCUUGCACUAGCAAAUCAGGUCUUAAGUUGGAACUUUCUUCCACCAAAUUUGGGUAGACAUUAUAUAGCUAUGUUUGAAUCCUCACAAAAUGUGAUGCUAAAGCCAACAGAGUCCUGGCGUGAGACCCUCUUGGACAGCAGAGUUAUGGAUCUUUUCUUUACAGUACAUCGUAAAAUCAGAGAAGAUUCAGAUAUGGCACAAGAUUCACUCCAGUGCCUAGCCCAGUUAGCCUCUCUUCAUGGACCCAUCUUUCCCGAUGAAGGUUCACAAGUGGAUUACCUGGCACAUUUCAUUGAGGGAUUACUGAAUACCAUUAACGGAAUCGAAAUAGAAGACUCUGAAGCUGUGGGGAUCUCCAGCAUUAUCAGCAAUUUGAUAACUGUGUUCCCUCGAAAUAUUUUAACUGCCAUUCCAAAUGAACUCUUCUCCUCUUUUGUUAACUGCCUCACACAUCUCACUUGUUCUUUUGGGCGAAGUGCUGCAUUGGAAGAAGUGCUUGAUAAAGAUGAUAUGGUAUACAUGGAAGCAUAUGAUAAAUUGCUAGAGUCCUGGCUGACUUUGGUGCAAGAUGACAAACAUUUCCAUAAAGGCUUCUUUACCCAGCAUGCAGUUCAGGUCUUUAAUUCCUACAUUCAGUGCCACCUAGCUGCUCCAGAUGGUACAAGGAAUUUGACUGCCAAUGGUGUAGCCUCACGUGAAGAAGAAGAAAUAAGUGAACUUCAGGAAGAUGACCGAGACCAGUUUUCCGAUCAACUAGCCAGUGUAGGAAUGCUAGGAAGAAUUGCUGCAGAACACUGUAUACCUCUUCUUACAAGUUUAUUAGAAGAUAGAGUGACAAGGCUCCAUGGUCAGUUACAAAGACACCAGCAGCAGCUACUUGCCUCACCUGGGUCAGGUGCCAUUGACAACAAAGUGCUUGAUGAUUUAUAUGAAGAUAUUCACUGGCUUAUUUUAGUUACAGGCUACCUCUUAGCUGAUGAUACUCAGGGAGAGACUCCGUUAAUACCUCCAGAAGUAAUGGACUAUUCCAUUAAGCAAUCAACUGAAGUUGACAUUAAUACAACACUUCAGAUCUUGGGAUCUCCAGGAGAGAAGGCUUCUUCCAUCCCAGGGUGCAACAGAACAGAUUCUGUAAUUAGGUUAUUGUCUGCCAUCCUGAGGGUUUCAGAAGUUGAAUCUCGAGCAAUAAGAGCAAAUCUAACACAUCUUCUUAGUCCACAAAUGGGAAAAGAUAUUGUUUGGUUCCUAAAACGAUGGGCAAAAACUUAUCUUUUGGUGGAUGAAAAAUUGUAUGAUCAGAUAAGUCUGCCAUUCAAUACAGCAUUUGGAGCAGAUACAGAGGGUUCUCAGUGGAUUGUUGGCUACCUCUUAGAAAAAGUCAUCAGUAACCUUGCAGUAUGGAGUAGUGAGCAGGAUCUUGCAAAUGAUACUGUACAAUUAUUGGUUACACUGGUGGAAAGAAGAGAAAGAGCAAACUUAGUAAUUAAAUGUGAAAAUUGGUGGAAUUUAGCUAAACAGUUUGCAAGAAGAAGCCCACCUCUUCAUCUCUUGUCAAGUUCUGUGCAGAGAACACUCAUGAAGGCUCUAGUUUUAGGAGGUUUUGCGCAUAUGGACACUGAUACAAAACAGCAGUACUGGACAGAGGUUCUCCAGCCACUUCAGCAAAGAUUCUUGAAUGUGAUAAAUCAAGAAAAUUUUCAGCAAAUAUGUCAAGAAGAAGAGGUCAAACAGGAAAUAACUGCCACAUUAGAGGCACUCUGUGGCAUUGCUGAGGCUACUCAGAUUGACAAUGUAGCAAUCCUUUUUAAUUUCCUAAUGGACUUCCUUACCAAUUGCAUUGGGCUGAUGGAAGUUUACAAAAACACCCCAGAGACUGUUAAUCUCAUAAUAGAAGUUUUUGUUGAAGUUGCACAUAAACAGAUAUGCUAUCUGGGAGAGUCCAAAGCUAUGAACUUGUAUGAGGCCUGCCUCACUUUGUUACAAGUAUAUUCCAAGAAUAAUCUAGGUCGACAACGGAUAGAUGUUACAGCAGAAGAGGAACAGUAUCAAGAUCUCCUUCUCAUUAUGGAACUUCUUACUAACCUUCUGUCAAAAGAAUUCAUAGAUUUCAGUGAUACAGAUGAUGUAUUUAGACAUGAGCCAGGACAAGCAGCAAAUAGAUCCGUGUCAGCAGCAGAUGUUGUUUUAUAUGGCGUAAACCUAAUUUUGCCUUUGAUGUCCCAAGAUCUUUUAAAGUUUCCAACCCUAUGUAAUCAGUACUACAAAUUAAUUACAUUUAUCUGUGAGAUCUUUCCUGAGAAAAUUCCACAGCUUCCUGAGGACCUCUUUAAGAGCCUAAUGUACUCUUUAGAACUGGGAAUGACAUCAAUGAGUUCUGAGGUUUGCCAGCUUUGCCUGGAGGCCUUGACUCCAUUAGCUGAGCAGUGUGCAAAAGCACAAGAAACAGAUUCACCACUCUUUCUAGCAACAAGGCACUUUCUUAAGCUGGUCUUUGAUAUGCUGGUACUGCAAAAGCACAACACAGAGAUGACAACGGCAGCAGGCGAAGCAUUCUAUACAUUGGUGUGUUUGCAUCAGGCUGAAUACUCAGAAUUGGUUGAAACCUUACUGUCAAGUCAGCAAGACCCAGUAAUUUACCAGAGAUUAGCAGAUGCCUUCAACAAGCUUACUGCGAGCAGCACUCCUCCCACGCUGGAUCGUAAACAGAAGAUGGCCUUCCUAAAGAGUUUAGAAGAAUUUAUGGCAAAUGUUGGUGGUCUCCUUUGUGUAAAAUAAACAGCAAAACUAUAUGCUUAAUUUAGACCCUUUCCUGCAAAAUGCACUGAAAUGCUGAAAGUUGACUAAGUCUUGUUCCUGUUCUGAGGUUCUUUGGCCAUUAUGGAUUUUGAAGAGCCUGAAAGUUUGUUAUAAUACAGUGACAGAGGAGAGGUCAACUUUGAAUCAGCUUCUGCUACUAUGUGUUAGCCACAAUCUGUCAUGUGUGUGUUGUAGAGAAUGAAUGGCAAUUUGAAAUUUUCAAAAUGAAAUUCCAUAUAUGUGCAAACAGAUAUGGCACCAUGAAAUAUAUAUUCAGUGCCUUUUUCCCCGUUUGUCUAAACAUAGAUGGCCAGAUAAAGGUUAGAAUUUUUGUUACUAAAAACAUUUUAGAUGAAGUAUUCUGUAGACAUUCAAAACUCUACCUGGUUUUGCUGUUAUAGGCUUUAUUUUUUCCUCUCUGAAGAUUGAGUUCAUGAUCCAGUGGGAAAAAAACCACAAACAAACAUCACCAAAUGUUGGGUUUUUUUUUUUAACAUGUGUUUUAUUUGUUUUGUUUUUCUACAUCAAUCCAGUGUUACAGGUUUAUGUAAUACAGAUUUUUAUUUUUUCUGGUGCCUGAGAUUUGGGAGGAAAAAUGCUGUAUGUUUUGUUCCCUAAAAAGAACUUUAGGAACUGUAGCCAUUUCAUUGCCUUAAUUUUAAAAAAGGAAUAUAAAAAGAGCAGGCGUUUUGGUAAAAAUACAAGUUUUGAUGCUUCAAAAAUUGGUUUGGGUUGUUAGCUGCUGUCUCCCUGUUUCACCCUUUUGAUAGUAUAUAUUUCUGUAAACAUGAGUCAAUGAAAGGUUCAUGUGUAGUCUAUUUAAAGUUUGUUUUAAUCCAACUGCAUUGCACACAGCUGUAACAAUCUACACUGAAUAGUUUGCUUAAGCAAUAACAAUUCAAAAGGGUAUAAAUUAUUGACUUAUACAAACUUUAUUUUAAGUUAGGGCAUUAGGGGCAAUAAUUAUGCUAGACUGGGAUGUCAUGCUCAUUUCAUCAAGAGUCACAUAUAAAUUUUGUUUCUAAGGUAAAAACUACAUUUAGAUGCUCUAUUUCCCACUUGUGUUUUGUAAUUAGGGAUUUGCUUUCCAGUGCUGCCGUGCUCUCUUUAGUUCUGUGUUAGCUUAAAUGAUGAAAAUGACCAUGUUUUAACAAGCCACAAGCAUAAUGAACACAGUUUGAUCUAUAAUCAGAGUAUAGCAAAUGCAAGGAUAGACUGUAUAGGCCUGUGCUCUGAGUACAAUUGCAGGUUUUGGUAGGGAGGGAUGGAUUUUGUCUUUCCACUAUGUUCUUGACAUUUGUAUGUUAGACUGUGCUGUGGAAUAUUUUGUGUAUAGCACAUUCACUUUUUACUAAGUUGUCUAUAGUAUCACAUUUGCAACUCUGUGCCAUCUUCAUCCAUUCAUCUCAAAACAGUUACAGUCAUUUUAUCUCUAACAUCUAAAUCCUUUCCAACCCAUGCAUGUGACAUGUAUGAAUGCAAGGACAAAGUGCCAUCACUCCUUUGAGAUACCUUUCUCUUAAUUUAAUCCACUAUUAAAUAAAAGCUGGGCUGAAGCAAACCUAUCUUAAAGACUGUUAACAUAAAUCUUUUUUAGAAAAAAUGUCAAUUGAUAUGGCAUCUUUCCAUAUCUUAAAAUAUUUUCAGUAAGACUUAUUAUAAAAUGUGAAGCUAUUUUUAGAUUUCCUAAAAUUCCAUUUUCAUCCUUUUUGAUCGUUGCAAAGUACAACAGCAACUAUCUUUUUUUGCAAUGGUUUUCCAUUUUUAUUUUAACUAAGAGCCUCAGUUUUUCCCCUUCUGGGCUCAAUAGUCAUAAAGAUGUAUGAACAUCCAUCCCUUUGCAAAGGGUAUUGGGACAUAGGCUUUGAUAGUCUGCCUGGCAGAGGCAGGAAUGAAAAUCAAGUUAGCAAAGGAAUUAACAUUAAUUUGGUUAUGAAAAACAUUUUAAUGAAUAAAUGGCAUUCACACUUAAUAAAUGCCUACCAAGAUUAUAGUAUCUUUACCAAAUAUGCCAAGGCUAUUAAUAUUAGUGCAGUUUUGCAAGCAGAUUUUUAAUAAAAGGAUAUUUGCUUAUAUUGGACCAAAUCAAUCUUCAGAGGAUUAAAAUGUAAUAAUGUCAGAUUGGGGGGGAAAUUAGUAAGUGGGGAUGCCAAUUAACACACUACAACAGCUAAACUUUGUUCAGAGCUAUGUUUGUUUUGUGAGUGGGUUUUGUGUGUGUUUGUAUGUGUGGUUUGAAUUCUUGCCCAGUGGGGGUAUUAAGAAUACUGUCUUAUUCCAAUAAGUUGGAUUUCCUGUUAUAACUGACUACCUGUUAAAUUUCCGAUGAUUUUUAAAAAAACAAUUUUUUACCCCUUUAUAUAUAUGUUAAAGGGACACUGUCAAGUAUUUUAUCUCUAGAUCUUGUGUGUUUAAAUUUCUGCUCUUUGUAUCUCUUUCAACCUCAGUUUUCCUUUCCACUUUUUUGUUCAUUUAGCUAUUCAUUUCCUUUACUUUGCCUGUUUAUGUUUCCCAAGACAAAAUUGGGCUGUCUAUUGGAAGCUUUUGUAUUUAUAUAGUAGCAUUAAAAAUGGUGUCAUCAUAGUUCUAGCAAAAAAGGUUAGUUUGUUAUUGUGCUCCUUCUGCUGGUUGGAUGGCUGCCUCUUCAAAGUAUUUACUUGACAGUGUCCUUUUCAUUUCAAUUAUUUGGCUCUUCCUGCCAUCCCUAAAUCUUUUUUGGAUACAUGGCAUAUUAACAUCACUGCAUUGAGUUUUACUUGCUGUGAAUUGAUUUUAUUUUUAAGAGAAAGAAUUUGCAAUUUUUCUUAGAGGUUUUUUAUAGAAUUCCGUCUUGUUUAAUUAUAAACCAUGUAUCUGAUUGUAUAACAUUUCUCUAUUCAGAUGAGCUAUUUAUUAUUCUUUUAAAAAAAAAGAAUAUUCCUACAGUUUCCCUUUUUUAUGGUCAAGAAUCCGGUUGAUUUAUCACCUUGUCCAAAAAUAUUUAAUAUUCCCAUCCACUGUAUUUAGUUGACCUAAUUCAUUACCUUAAGUAUCACAGUCUUCAUUUUCCCCCAUCCGCAUCAUCUUUUUAUUGCUACUUGUAUGAACUCAAAACACCAAAAGGAAACCACUGUACUAUUCAAGUAUUUUAAGGCUAAUUGAAUAUCAUUGUGUGGAGCAAAGAACUUGUCAGUUGAAUUUUUUUUUUUAAGUUUUCUUUAGUUAAAAAUUUGAUGGUCCGUUUGUAGCUCUCAUCUCUAAAAGUAGUUAUGUCAUCAGACCAUAACUGUUUCUAAUAAGUAACUAAAACAAUUACUUAGAGGGUGUGGGAGAAUGAAUUUUUUUAUUCAUAAGUAACCUUAGUACUUACUCUCAUAUCCUACUCAAUCAGAGAAUAAAGAAUUUGGUCCUGAGGUGUUUUUUUUGUUUUCUUUUUGUUUUUUGCUUUAGUAAGUUACAAAAAUUUGUAAAUGACUUAGCUGCAUAAGAAUAUGAUAAUGUUUGAAAUUAUUUUUAAAUUGGAGAUGUGUGGAUAUUCUAUGAUUUGGCUGUAUUGUAUUUAGAAUUUUUAAUUGGGCCUUCUUGUUAAAAAUGGAUAAGAAUACCAUGAUUAAAACUAGUAUCUUGACUAUUUAAGAAAUGUGAAAGGUGCCAGACUGAUUGUAAUAGUAACCAAUUGGGCAUUUGUAAUGAUAAAAUGUGUGUGGCCCAGGCAUUGGUGUAAACUUUUCAUUUACUCUAUUCUAAUAAUGUAAAUCCAAACCUCUUUUGGAGAGAAAGGGAUGAGAGGUAAUAUGAAAUGUUGUUGGCCUCUAGGUCUGAUAUUCUCUAGACUUUUCUGAAGAGUGUAGUAGCAAAGUGAGUCUGGUGAUGGUUCUUUUAGUGAGAUGAGGAGAAUGUGGUAUGCACAUUAAUCUCCUAGGACUGACACCCAACUCAUUUUGUUCUUGAACAGUUAACAGCUGCUUAACCACAAGGUCUUUUGUGGUUUGUUAAUCAUCCAAUCAGCAGAGGCCCUUACCCAUCACUUUGCCCCUCCCCUAACACCAUUCCUCAUUUCUGUCUGAAAUGAGACUUUAGUUCCUUUCCCUAUGGGUCUUCAUUCCUAGCAUCUUUAGCUGUUAGGAGCUGCUAAUUGUGUACUAAUAGCUAAUUUUCCUAACCUAAAACUAAAUACUACAUCUGCACUAUAUACCUGUCAAGAGAGUCUGACCCAAAUGUGUUCCGAGUACAGACUUCCUGGUAUACUGUACUACAUAAAAUUAUGACAAAUUACAAAUUUUGGUAUUGUGAUUUGGUUCUCUGUACAAAGAAAAGCUCCAUGCAGUGAAUUUGUGGUUUUAUGGUCACAAAAUGUUAGCACUGCUAGCAUACAGCACGUGUAAAUUUUUUAAAAUUUAUAAAUAUUAAAAUUUUAAUCAUAUACAAAGACUUUUUCAGUUUUUUAAAGAGACCCAGGGACAGAUAUUACUAUGUUUAAAUAUUUACCUCUACUGGGCAUAAUUGAUGAAGGUAUAAAAGUUGCAUUCAAUUUUUCAAAAGUGCUGCAAUAAGACGUUAGGAAGCAAAUCAAGGCUAUGUAAUUGAGCCAACACGCUGAAUAUCAAACUGAUGAAAUUCUGUUUGUAUUUUUUUAAUCCAUAAUUGGGGGUUAAAAUGUCUUUUUCACUAAAUAUUUUUAUUACAUUUUUGUUUUGACCAUGUGUGAUUUGUUUGUGUUCUUGGGUAUGUAUUUAGGCUUUUAUGAAACUUGUUGAAUUUAUGUUGGCUAUUUACCAUCAUAGGAAGAGUAAAAGUGGAAGAAUUUAUUACACAUUCACAAAAUAAUUUCAAAUUGGUUAUUACCGAAUUGAUUUAUAUCAGCGAGUUAAAAUGCACAUUUGCAUGUCCCUUUGGGAGAACCUUGAGUCCUGAUGCAAAAUAAAAUUUUACCCUUUUCUACACCUUGCCUUUCCCCCCACCCCCCAAUAGUUUUGUUGAUAAACUAUGGUGUCUGUCCUUGGAAUAUUAAAAUGCAAAAAUGUAGCCAGUCCCUAGUCUUACAAACGUCAUUCAUUUUGGUCAAUUAAACCUGCUACUUUUGUCAGAUUUGUGACAAUCAACUUUGGCUAAUAGUAAGUUGUUGGCUAGUUUGGAUUAUACCUUUAAUAUAGACUAUAGUCAUUCAGUAGAAAAAGCAGAAUUCCACAAUAUGUUUGACAGAUGAUUCAUGGGAAUCAAUAGUUAUGUCCAUCUUUUUUUUUGCUGCCCAAAUAAAAAGAAUAGAAUGUGUUACCCUGAAAAAGGUACCUCUAAGAGAAAGGAACAACAUAGUGUAAUGGAAAAAGCUAAAUGAGUUAGUGAACCUCAAUUUUUAAUUCACUGUGCUUUCACUUAUCUAUAAAAUGAGAGGUUUGGAUGAUUAGGUAACUUUUAAGGUCCCUAACAACUUAAAAAUUCUUAAAUUCUCUGAGGGUCAGAGUUUGGGAUAGUUCAUCUUAAAGAAAGUUUUUUUGUAAAAAUGUAUUGAGCAUCUAUUACUGUGGGCUAGAUAGCGUAGAUAUUACAUAAGGACAUUGCUGUCCUCACUUAACUUGGGCAUUAUAUGUAAUACAGGGAGGAUAUAAUGUGAAAGUACAUUAGGAGAGGUAUUAAGUGAUAUAUUCAUUGGAAGGAAAGAUUCUUGGUGGGGAAAAGGUAGGUCAGUGGAAAAGGUGACAUUUGAGUUGAACCUUGGAUAUGUAAGAAUUAUAUAAAUGGUGGGCAUUUGGGUGGAAGCAGUAAUGUACAGUCAAAAGAAUUUUGGAUUUAGUCAAAGGACCCAAGUUCAAAUACUGUUAAUACUAUUUGAGUCCUAUGUGAGCAGUGUCAAGCCUUUCACUGGGCUUCAGGUUCCCUAAUCUACAAAAUGAGGGGGGCUGAAUUAGCAAUUGCUUUGUUUCCUUCCAGUGGUUUGUGAGAUUUUAACAUGGUCUUUGGAACACAAGGCUGGAAUUUAGUUAAGGAGUUGCAUCUUACUCUGUAACUAAUUAGCAGCCAUUGAAGGUGAUCCCUAUGUGAUGUUUUUUACUUGUAUUUGGAUCACCAGCACUUAGCAUGGUGCAUUUGCACUAUAGUAACUAUGCUUAUGACAAACCCAUUGACUCAUGUUGCUUGUAUACCUUGCUUAACUAGAUCUAUUAUUGACAAGUCAUUUGUCAGCAAUGUGUUGACCAGCUGGGAAGGGCAGCUAUGGAUGCAAGUAAGGCUAUUGCAAUAGUCUUGUUGAGAGUUAAUAAUGGGAAUAGACAGGAAAAGUGGAGUAGAAGAAAUGGUUCAGAAAGAGGUUGGAGAGAAAGAUGAUUGAUCUUGAGUUGGGAGAAGCCACUUACUCCAUCCAGCCCUUUGAUUUUACAAAUAAGGUUGAGGCUCAGGGAUAUUUAGUAUCUUGUUAGAAGUCACACACAUAUUAAGUGUCUCUUCGUUUUGAUCUCAGGUCUUUUAACUCUAGUUGCAGGGCUUUUUGAGUUUGAAGCUCCAGCAGCAAACAUAAGUGGAAAUAUCCAUUGGUUCUAGAUCCAACUCUACUAACUAGCUAUGUGACCUUAGGCGAGGUCAUUUAGCUUUUCUGAGACUCACUUUCCUUAAAUCUAUUAGGUUGAAUGAAUUUCUAUUUCUCAGUCUUUUUCAACUUUCACAUUUUAUAAUCAUAAACAUGGAAUUCAUAAUAUUGAUAUAUGGUAGAAAUCUUUAAUAUUUUCUUGUAUUAAAAACAUCAUAUUAAUUACAAGGGACCUCAGUUGACUUUUACAUUGUAUGACAAUUCAAAAUAAGUCCGUUUUGCCAUUUUAAAUGUGAAAGGAAGAAAAUGGCCCAUGCUAGUGGUAUUCCUUAAAAUUAAAUGACAAAUACUCCAAAUGGAAAUUGCACACUGCAACAAAUUCAUAACUCUGAAAAAUCUUUUGUUUUAUGUAAAAUACUUUUUUUUUACUAACCAUCCACAGUAUUACAUCAAUACUAUUUCUUUAAAUUGACAAGUUGAUUGAAACUGACACAAAAAGCUUAUACCCACUAACAUUAUGCUAAAUAAUUUAUUCUCUUUGGCUAUAUGUGCAAUUUAAAUUUUAUUCUUUAUUUUGACAUGGUGGCCUAGGAGAAAGAGCCCCCUAGCUUGGAGCCAGAAGAGCCAAGUUUGAUUUUUAUUUCUUCAGCCUUAGACUCUGAUAUACAGUGUAAACAGCAGAACUAACUCAGAGUUAAGAAUACCAUUUUAUGGUGUACUUGUACUGUUCUUAACUUAAUGAAGAUAUUCAGGCAAAUUCUGUCAACUAGAUUCAAGAAUUUCACAUUCUGGUGACAAUCUUUUAAAAAUAAUUGUAAAGCAAAGGUUUGAGGGUGGGGAUCCUGCUUUUAAAGUGAAUUCUCUUUAAUUUUCACAUAAGCCUCAUCUCUAUCAGUUUUAGAGAAAAAAAGUACAAAAGAAAAAAUGCAAGUGUACAUACAAUUAGUUACAUUAUCGUUAGGAAAAGUUCAUAGAAUUUGCAAAUUACAAACCAGUGAGCUGAAUUUCUAUUCUUUACAAAAUUCCAUAAUGAUCAAAUGGUUUGUGGGUAUUUACAAAAGAAAGCAGUAAGCACUAAAAAGUCUCUGACUUAAGGACAAUUAUACCAAUCUAAAGAUUUGGGAUUAAAAAAAUUUUUUUUAAACAAAAUCUAAAUGUUGAAAAAACUUGAUAGGUAAUGAGUUUAAUCUACAUCUAACCAAAAAUCACUCCAGCAUCCUCAAAAGGUUCAUUCAGCCUCUUGGAAAACCAAGAGUGUUAAUGCUUUUCCUCCUAAGGCAGCCCCUUCUACUUUUGGAGACUGCAUUAAGGGUCAGGAAAGACUUUCCCCUCCUUAUCAAAUGGUUUAAAUAUGCCUCUAUGCAACUUAUACCCAUUAUACACUCUGUGACCAAGUGGAACAUUUCUCUUUUUUUCAUGACUGCUCUUAAAUACUAGACACCUGUUCUGUUUCAGAAAUGCACAUAUGGCACGUUCAAUAACCUAACCAUCCUAGCUGCCUCUCUCCUAAACAUGUGCUAGCUUCUUGAUUAGACCUUCACUAAAAUGUUAUGCCCAAACUGAGUACAAUACUCUAUGGCUUAACCAGAGAAGCAUAGGCCUUUUGAUAUUAAUUCACCUCAAAAUUCUAGGACAAGAUAGUUUGUGAACAGUAAAUGGGAGUAAUUUUUAAAUACCAGAUAAAGACACACAAGAAAAGUUAUGUCACUGAUAAAAUCAUAAUAGCCCCACACUAUUUUGCUGUGAUCAUCCCAUCCAUCUGGCAUUUUGUUUGGUUUGUGGAUAUCAUCUUGAAGAUUUUGAUAAGGUUGAUUGAAUCCAGAGAAAGAAAGAGCAUAUUAAAUCAUGUGACUGAAAGAAUGGGGAAUAUUUAUCUGAUAGAAGAUUUCUUGGGAAUGAUAGCUACUGAAGGGGGCUGUUAAGUGAAAAAAAAAAGGAAUUCUACAGUUUUGUGGCUCCAAAGGACAGAAUUACAGAUCUUUAUAAAGAAGUUUCUGCUCAAUUUAAAGACUAGGAAAUCAAAUGAACUGCCUUGUAAGGUCAUAUUCCUUGUCCCAGGAAGUAUUUGAAGCCUUGUCAGGGAUGUUGUAGAGGAGAUUCUUGCAUAGAGGUUGGACAAGAUUACUUCUGAUAUCCCUUUCAACUCAGGAAUUUCACAGUACUUAUUACACUAAGUGAUUAAUCCCCAGACUGAUGUGGAUUUAAAAGUUACUUUCAGGUUUAAUCCUAUAAAGUGGCUGUUAUCCUUUAUUUUAAUGGGGGUUACUAUAGCUUUUGAUGAAUUUUAAUACUUUUUAUUACUUUAGAUGGACAUAUUAAAAAGGCAUUACAUAUUCCUCCCCCCUCAAACUCCCUAAUCUUUUCUAAAGUCAUUACUGAGCUUUCAUGAAAUAACCAGAAGUGUUGAUGGAAGUAUAUAGAAAGCAACUUUAAUCUUUGAAUAGCUGUACAGUAAUAAAAGUUUCUAAGCAAAUGAAAUCUUAUGUAGAAAUGUUUUUAAAGCUACUCUAAUUACACGUUUUAAAAAUGCUAUUUCAGAUUGGAAAUUUGAAAACUUUCAUAACAAGGUUUCUUAUUCCAAAGUAAACCUAGGGUAGUUAGCCCAUGUAAACCCAUGUCAUUUUAGUAAAACAUUACUUUUAUUCAAACAAAAGCCAACUGGACAAGUUGUUUCCUACUAGGUUCCUUUAUUUUUUACAUUAAGUCUGCUUGUUCAAGUAUAUGUUUUUUAUAUUUUCUUUCCAACUCCUGGUACUAGCAAGGUCAUUUUACUAUAUUUUUCAAGUCAUUUUUAACAGUCUGGUUCAAAGUGAUUAACAUCUAAAAGUAGUAUGUGUUGCUAUAGAAUAUAGCACUUAGAGAAUUUACUGCUUGCAGUUAGGUUUGUAAAUCUAUAUUACUGGGACCCAUUAACUAGCAAAUAUUAAAAAUGGACAUGUGCUGCAAUUCAAUUUAGCAAGCAUUUAUUAAACCUUAUGUGCAAUGAAUGACCUAUGCUAGGUAAAGGAAUACAGACAAAAAUGAAAAAAAAAAGGUCACUGCCCCCCAAGGAUCUUCAAUUGGAGAUAAGCAAAACAAUAGAAUAAACAGAUAAAAGAACUUUAAGAAAAAAUGUACUACUGACACUAAUGUACUAAUGAAUUCCAGUGGGGUACAGCUUGUGUAAAAGUGUGGAAGUGGAACUCUGCUAAUAUUUGAGGUAAGGGAGGACAAUGAUAAUUGUGCCAGUGAUUGAUUGGAAAUCCCUCACUUAAUCAUUUCACUAGUGAUGGAAUGUAUGUGCUGGCCAGUUUCUCCCAUAAGAAAGCAUACUUUAGAUGUCUAUCUUGAUAUAUGGGUAGCUGUCAUAUUGUCUAACACAAUCAGAGUAUGUUAAAUUAACAGCUGAUUUUAGGGCGUCUUGAAGGAGAGAGUUUUCUAUAUUAACAGUCCAAACUACCAACAUCAAAAAAAUUAAACCUGCAUGCUCACUACUAUCUUGGACAGGAUAUGCAGAGGGCAAACUUUUUCAUUCUUUAGCUCAUGAGGUUUCCGACAAAACACUCAAUCUUUAACCAAAAAAAAGACUACUUUAACCAAGUUACAUGGCCAACUCAGUUUUCUGAUCUUUUGAACUUGAGCCCAAGUAUUUAAAAAAACAAAACUGCCAUUGCUAAGAUAUAAGCAUUUUCCAUUGCUGCCUGUAUUAGAUUAUUUUCUCUCAAAACUUUUAGUUACUGUGUAGAAAAAGCUUCACUUUACUUGAAAAAUCUUUCAGAUUUAUGAGUUGUCAUGUCUAAAAGUAAAGCCUCUUAACAUUGUUCCGUAUGACUUCCCUAGAAUGUACUGAAGUGAUAUAAUUCUUAGGAAUUUGAGUUCUUCUGUCCCUCAAGCUUCUUUUGCAAUUUAAACAAACUUACUAUUAAAACACCUAGGAUAUAAAGACAAGAAAUCAAACAGUCCCUGACCUCGAAGCAUCACCGAACGGAGCUUCAGUCAUCUAAACCAAACCCCUCACUUUACACAUGGGGAAACUGAGGCUAAGGAAGAUUUCGGCGGAAAGCUAGAGAAUGUCCAGAGAGGUUGAAUCCCAGAGACCAGUAUUCCUAUACUGACGAGUAUAUGGCUGGGAUUAAUUACAAUUAGUACACGCCAGUCAUGAGGAAGGGGAGAACAAGGCGCUCCCGCGAAAAACGUCUCCAGCCUGCAGCCUUUUUGCGAACUGCGCAUGUGCAAAAGCCGGGCUUCGGAGCGUGAGUCCAUUUCGGUGCUCUUUACUAAGGUCGGCAGCGCGGGGGGCUGCAAUUGAGUCAGUUUUGGUACAGUGAAGAAACAGCAUUACGAUUAGCUACUGACGCUAUUAUGGCUGCCGGUAAAGGUGGAAGGUGCUAUCAUGGAGAAGGAGGCAGCAGAACUUCUUGGGGUGAAGAUGUGCAGAUUUAUUCCAAAACACACUCGAAAUUUGGCAAAUGAAUUUCGAUGUUAUGUCAAUUAUGAUUCUGGACUGAAUUCUGAAGUCAGUUGUUCAUAGCACUGUAAUACAAGAGAAGUCCUAAAUAAAAUGCUCUAUUUCCUUAA